AUGUACUUCAGAAUCGUAGUAGUCAGCAUCCUCGUGGCGGUCUGCCAUGCGGCUGCCAUCGAAGAGGGACACGGCCAAGCCGUAUCAUCUCAGAGCAUUAUUCGCCACGACCAGCCAAGUCAAGGAGCCACACACUAUGCCCCAAUCGUUGCCCACGCCACUCCAGUCUUAGCCCACGCUUCCCCGAUUGUUCACCACGCAACCCCUCUGAUCCAUUCUGGCCCUAUCGUGCAACAUGUCGCCGCAGUUGCGCACUCACCCAUCACCCUCGGACAUUCCGAACAAAUUGAAGAGCACGCCCCAGCUCACUACGAAUUCUCGUACUCCGUUGAAGACCCUCAAACCGGAGAUCACAAGUCCCAGCACGAGAGCCGCGAAGGAGAUGUUGUAAAAGGCCAAUACUCACUGGUCCAGCCUGAUGGUGCUGUAAGAACCGUCGACUACACCGCAGACGCACACAACGGAUUUAACGCUGUCGUACACAACUCCGCUCCAUCGGCCCAUGCUGCCCCGGCUCCUGCGGUCCACGCCGCUCCAGUGGUCCAUGCCGCUCCCGUCGUCCACGCUCCCAUUGUACAUGCCGCUCCCCUAGUUCACGCUACGCCAGUGAUCCACGCGACGCCUUACUUCGCCGCAGUCAUUUUCUCCGUGGUGGCGGUAGCCGCUGCCGGUUUGUUGUCCCACGGUUAUGGUGGUGACAGCUACGGCCAUGAAGCGGUUGCGUACGCACCAGUGGCCCAGCAUGGUCACUACGAGAGUCACGAUGAACAUGUCGACUACCACGCCCACCCCAAAUACGACUACUCAUACUCGGUGUCGGACCCCCACACCGGUGACCACAAGGAACAACAUGAAGUUCGUGAUGGUGACAUCGUAAAGGGCGAAUACUCCCUCCUCCAACCCGACGGUUCAUUCCGUAAGGUUACCUACACCGCUGAUGACCAUAAUGGUUUCAACGCGAUCGUACACAACACAGCUCCCGUCCACCCUGAGUUCCACCACUAAAUAUAGCUGGCUCAGUGCCUCCUUAAUGUGAUAUUAUGUGUACCUUUUAUACUUAUAAAUAGUAUUUAGUCGACAACGAACUUUUUUAAUAAGACUGCGGCGAAAAUUAAACUUUUCGAAAAUUA